AUGGUGCCUUUCCGUAAAAUAAGUUUGUUUGUUCAACUCAUCCUGGUUCUACAUUUAGCGAAAGAAAUAUCUGCUAAGUUCGAGUUUACAAACAUCAAAUGCGAAACUUUCAGUCCAACAUUUAAUGACUUUGAAUACUGUUUCCUAAAAUCGGUCAACCGGACCUAUAAGUAUGCGUCACUGAGAGCCAGACUGCAUCAAGUUCCCAUAACUAAGAUCAAGGUUCAUUUUGUGCUUUAUCAACGACUUAAUGGAUACAAGCCGUUCCUGUACAACAUGACAGUUGAUGCCUGCAAAUUCUUAAAAAAUCGGAAACGAUACCCUGUUGUGAAGUUCUUUUAUGAAAUAGUGGAAGCAUAUUCGAACAUUAAUCACACGUGUCCAUACAGUCAUGAUGUUAUAUUUGAUAAGCUGCCGGCGAAUUUUGUCAAUCACCGUUUAACAGAUAUCCUCCCUGUACCCAAAGGCGAUUACAUGUUGGAAACAAACUGGAUUGCUUAUGAUAUUAAUCGAGCAGUGAUCAAAUUCUAUGGAACCCUUUCAUAA